GUACUGCCUCCGCCGCUGCCCUUCUCCACGCCGCCGGCCGCCUCGGCGCGCGCUCCGUCCACCGCUGCCGGCCGCUCCAACCCCGCCUCGCGCGGUCCCUCCACCGCCGCCGGCCGCUCGGGGCCCGCCCUCGAGCGAGGGGCAUUCUGGACGAAGGGGGGCGGAGCCGCUCAGAGCCACGAAAACGGGGCUCCGCCUCCCGUAUGGAAGCCGCUGGAGGCUCCAAGUCUGGCUUCUGGUCUGGAUUAGCAGCAAAAAUGGGCGUUUGGCUGGGCUCCGGCCGGAGCCGCUCGUGGAGCCCUGCCAAACAGGGCCCUAGUGUUGCGUUGACAUGAUUAUUCAGUACCCAUUGGCGCCAUGCCCUGGUGGCUGGUGAUUUCCCAAUCCUUGGAUUAGCGAGCGUUCCGUCAUGUUUAUAUGUCGCGCGCCCUUCUUGAAAAAGAACUAUAUGAUUGGGCUAGCGACCUUUUCCGUGUAGGGGCCAGCUAGGGAGGGUAAAGAAGACCGGGCAUACGAUUCCCAGCACCACCAGCUUGGAAACCCGUCCACCAGCACACAGUUUUGCUUCAGCCAACCUCAGCAGCAACCAGCGAUGGAGUUGCGCCGGUUCAACAUGAAUGAAUGAGGUAAACUGUACCUGUUACGCAAGUGACAGUUUCCAUUUUCGAGACCACUUCUUAUAUUCGGAAUUCCAUGUGAUUUGCCCACCGGAAAGAGACUUUCGUGGUGUGGUAACUGACAACUCAUGAGCGAUGGCGAAAAUUACACCUGGAGCCACGCCUAAUUAGCCCCAGCAGCAAAUGGCCUUGGGUCAGAUCACAGCCCGAGCUUUUACUAAUCUUAGAUUAGACUAGCUACUAGUAUUCGUUCUUUGGCUUUCUAGACAAGUAGAGAGCCUUCUGGAGGUUUUAUUCGCAUCAUAUAUGGAUUACAGAUGCCCAGCCCAGCUGGCACUGACCUCUCGACCGUCAGAAACCUACUCGAUCAAGGAAUAAAGCCAACCUAGGCUACGAGAGCUCGCUGUCAGUUGGGGAUAUUUGGCUCCAGUCCGGCAACCAUAAAACUGUACUCGGAGCACAAACCGAACUCUUCCCAGAAGCAUUACAUAUAGCUCUGCCCCUCCUGCCCUCCACCACCCUGCGCCAACUUUCUUCCCUCCCAGCUUCACAACCUUCGUUCACCCUUCCCCGGCGACUGCACAAGAAACUCAUCGGCGUUUAGGCUCGGACUGAGAGAGAGAGACAUGGCCGCUGGGAAGCGAACCAUUGGCAUGGGCAUGGACUACUCGCCGUCGAGCAAGGCCGCGGCGAGGUGGGCGGUCGACAACCUGGUGAAGGCCGGCGACCGGAUCAUCCUCGUCCAUGUCCUCCCCAAGGGGGCGGACGCCAGCCACAAGGAGCUCUGGAAGAACACCGGCUCACCUUUGAUUCCUCUGCCGGAGUUCAUGGAGAUGAACGUGCAGGCGAGGUAUGGGCUGAACCCUGAUAAGGAGGUACUGGAGAUCCUGCAAGCUGCAUCCAAGGCUAAGCAGGUGGAAGUGCUAGCAAAAAUUUACUGGGGCGAUGCAAGGGAGAAACUCUGCGAGGCAGUAGAUGACCUCAAGGCGGACUUAUUUGUGCUUGGUUGCAGGGGCUUAGGGCCACUGAAAAGGGCUCUCCUUGGAAGUGUCAGCAACUAUGUAGUCAACAAUGCAACAUGCCCGGUUACAGUGGUGCGUGGACCAACUAUGUCAAGUGCCUGAUCUUUUUUGCUUAAAGUUGGGGCUCUUGUAAUGCAGGGCACAUUUGGUAUAUCUGAGUUGAGGUUGUUUGAAAGGAUGGUGAUGUUUGGCCCUGGCUAUUAGCUUCAGUAUUAUUACUUGAAAUGUCCAGUUAUGAUAUCAAUAAAUUUCCCUCUGUACAUUUCUGCUGUUUUUCAUGAAAGAUAUAUAAGCAAUUAUCUAGAAACUUA